AUACAUUCCCAAAAACAACCGGUGAAAAAAUUAACUAGUGUAGCAAUUUUCAAAGAAGAAGAAACUCUCCACUCCAUCCUCAUUGGUGUUAGGAAUCAUCGCUGCUUACUGCUUACUACUACCACUUCAUUUUGUUACACACAAAUUUGCAAAUUCCCACCUUCCUCAACCCAACCCUAAUUUCAAACACAAUGUGGCCAACUAGUGUAAUUACUUCUUCCCCCAACCCUUCCUUCUUCCUAUUCCUUCCCUCCUCUAACGCCACACCUUCUCUUUUCCAUCGCCACAUUUUCAACACAUCUUCCACCUCAUUUUUCACUCCCUCCCGCCGCUUUCACCUCUCCUCUUCUCUCUCCCGCACUUCUCCCACCUCCGAUGAUUUCAACGGUUGGGCCUUACUCCAGACACCGGCCCGGCCCACCACUAAAACUGACAAAGCGUUUCCUUCGUAUGCUGCUGCUAUAGUAGGCGUUGGAACUUCCCUUGGUCUUCUAAUUGCCAGCUUCUCUCUGUCGAGAAAAGGUUUCAAGAUUCAAUUCACAAACCCGUUGCAAGGAACUUGGAGUACUGUAACUACUCGUGGUGACGGAAUCAAAGCUGGGGAGUUUGAUGCCUCGAAUGAAACCACCGUAGAGACAGCACCCGUUGCUGUUAUGGAAUCUGAAGCUACUGUAAAGCCGGGACGAGUUACAAUCCCUGUUUCAGUGGAUUCCACCCAAGAAGAUGCAUUGGCAGUCUUAAAGAAGUUGAAGAUAAUUGAAGAUGAUGUAGAAGCUAAUGAGUUGUGUACCAGAAGAGAAUUUGCUAGAUGGCUAGUUAAAUUAAAUUCUUCUUUGGAAAGAAAUCCAAAACACAGGGUUCCUUCUAUUGUAUCCCUGUCUGGCUCUGUAGUUUUUGCAUUUGAUGAUAUCAAUGCUGAUGACCCAGAUUUUCAAUCUAUUCAAGUGUUAGCAGAAACCGGUGUGGUCCCUAGCAAAUUAUCUUGGAAGAAUAGUUCAAAUUGUUGUGGAUCUGACUGUAAAGAAGACAUAAAUUUUUUUCCUGAUAGAUUCAUUUCACGACAAGAUCUAAUGGAAUGGAGAACUCAAUUGGAGUACGGAUUUAUCUAUGGGAUUAUUGACCAGAUAUCAAUUAAAAAAGCAGGUUAUAUGGAUGUGAAAGAGAUAACUUCUCCAGGAGUUUAUUUGGACAUGUUGGCAGGAGAAAGUAGUAUACUCAGAAAAGUUUUUGGACAGAGUAGGCGAUUUCAGCCAAACAAACCUUCCACAAAAGCACAAGCAGCUGUGGCUCUGACUAGUGGCAAGAUGAAGGAAGCAAUAUCUGCUGAAAUGUCUAGAAUAGAAGCUGAGAAUGCAGCCAGACAAGCUGAGGCAGAAGAGAUCAGAUCUGAACUGCUUAGCCGAGGAGACAUACAGAAGUUUUGGGAUGCGAAGCUUUGUGAAGAGAAAAACCACGGUUGUGAUGUAGAGAGGCUUUACCUUGAGGCAGUAGACAAUUUGGUGGAAGAGAAGAUCAAUCAAGAAAAGAUAAAUGCUGAAUUUUUAAAAGAACAGGCAGCGAUGGAUUGUCAGAAACAGAUGCUGCUUAGUAUGAAAAAAGAAGUUGAUGAGACAUCAGAAAAGCUUGCAUCAGAGAAACUCAUAUAUGUAGAUGAAAAGAAAACUGUACAGAAGUUACUCAGAGAUUUAGAGUUAAAGAAUGAAGAAAUUCUUGACACCAAAUCCACACUGGAAGCUGAGAAAGAAGCUCUUUUGAUGCUUAGAACUUGGGUGGAGGAUGAGGCGAGAAGAAGCCAAGCUCGUGCUGCUGUUCUUGCAGAGGUAGGACGAAGAUGGAAAUGGGAUGACCAAGCUUGAUUGUAGGCACGUCCUAUGAAUGUAAAUUGUUAUAUUUUUAUUAAACUAAAAAGGCAUAAAAUCUUUAGGCUACCAUGCUGUUUGGUACGGUGUUUCAAUGAGAAAAGUAAAGGAUUGAGGCUGAUGAUAAGCCUCAACCUUCGUUUUGUAUACAUAUAUAUAUAUUCAAAGGGAGAACUUAAGAUUUGAUUGGACAAUAUUUCGUGUGGCCCAAAGUCAAAUGGGUAAAUAGUUUAACAAAGACUGCAUCUUUAUCAUUA